AUGUAUGUUGGAUAUCUUUUGGAUAAAGAGGGAAGCAUGUAUCACCAAGGACCUGUAAGACGUUCCGGUAUCAACCUUCCACCACAGAAUUUCGUCUCUGCUCCACAGUACUCUGAUUUUACAGGAUAUCAUCAUGUGCCCAACAUGGACACGCACGCACAGUCAGCCGGGGCAUGGGGCGCUCCUUAUGGCGCACCAAGGGAAGACUGGGGCGCGUACAGUCUCGGACCUCCAAACAGUAUUGCUGCGCCCAUGAGCAACUCUUCUCCGGGACAAGUUCCUUAUUGCUCGCCUGAUUACAAUCCUAUGCAUGGCCCCGGAGCAGCAGUAUUGCCUCCACCACCCGAGAAUAUUUCUGUGGCACAACUUUCCCCAGAUAGAGAAAGACGCAAUUCUUAUCAGUGGAUGAGCAAAACCGUCCAAUCGUCCUCGACCGGUAAAACGCGGACAAAGGAGAAAUAUCGAGUGGUGUACACUGACCAUCAGAGACUGGAACUUGAAAAGGAAUUUCAUUUUAAUCGGUACAUCACAAUCAGAAGGAAAUCAGAACUGGCCGUCAAUCUUGGGCUUUCAGAGCGGCAGGUUAAGAUCUGGUUUCAAAACCGCAGAGCCAAGGAGAGAAAGUUAAUCAAAAAGAAAUUGGGUCAGUCUGAUGGCAGUGGAGGCUCAGUCCACAGCGACCCAGGUUCUGUCAGCCCUUUGCCAGUACCCGGGUCCCUGAGUCCAUCGGAUAUACACGGUUCUCUCUACCAACCUCCCGGAAUGAAUACCUUACCAUCAAUAAGGAACAUACAGCAAGUUACAGUAACUCAGUAA